AUGAGUACUGCAGCUUUUCGUUCCAACAAUGGUACCUCUUCAACUGCGUCGCCAAUCACUCGCAGUCAGCAUCGAACCGCUGUCUUAUCAUCAGUUCUAUCUUCUACCCCAAGUUCUUCUAUUGCUACAACUUCUGUAAGAGCUACAGCGCGGGGUUCGAGGCGGGUCAGACAGAACUGGUGGGACUAUAUAGUGGAAUCUUUUAGAGCGAUCUCUAGAACUUCAAAAGUGUUAUUGAUAUUAUCGUUAAUAACAGUAUUCGUUCAGGUUGUUAUCACGAUCACUGUUCUAGUAAUAUCUAAAGAUUGCGAUUGCGACCGACCAUUACGCCUUUUCCUUGAACUUUAUAUUGUAAGAGUAAUAAUUGCGUGUCCAGUAAAUGUAUAUCUAUAUUUAAAUCCGAGAGAUAAUAGAAAUAAUCAUGAUAAUCCAAGAAGGGACAGUUGGGUUGAUAAACUGAAAUCUUUUUUGGAUCUUUUUGCUACAUUGUGGUUUAUUAUUGGAAAUUACCUUCUCUUUACAACCAACUCCUGCCAAGAUACUGCACCCGCAAUUUUUUAUCUUUCUUUAACAUGGGUCAUCUUAGGUUACAUUAUUAUAACCAUUCCGAUAAUAUUAUGCAUCGCAGUAAUAUUUUGCUUACCAUGUGUAUUGGUAGUGAUGAGAGUACUUCGUGUUGGAGAGGCAGUUGGUAUUGCUGGUGCUAAUGAGGAUAUAAUCCAAAAGAUUCCAUUGGUAAUAUAUAAAGCCAACGAAGGGAUUGAUCAACAAAUAAUAACGGAGCCAGAAGCCGUUACGAUGCCACCAUCUAGUACUCCUCCAAUGACAGUUCCAACACCGGAACAUCCACCACCUGUUGCAACUCAUAAAAAAUUCAAAUUUAAAAAUCUAUUUGGAAUGGGGGGGAAAAGUUCAACACAUCCUUCACCUAUUACGCCAGAGCCCCUGAUUCUUCCUAAUCCUGAUGAUGCAGUGUGUGCUAUCUGUCUUUCAUCAUACGAAGAUGGCGAAGAACUUCGACGAUUAUGGUGUUCACAUCAUUUUCAUAGGGAAUGUGUUGAUCCAUGGUUAGCAAUGAAUAGGAGAUGUCCAAAUUGUCGUAAGGAUGUAGUUGAAAUGGCUGAUGAGGAAAAAAAGAACAAAGGAAAAGGUGUAGAAAUAUUAAUAUGUCUCUCGCAAAUUACUUAA